AUGGUGGACGGUCGAGCCAGCUGGUGGCAAAGUCCACCGCUAAGCCGUGGCAUGCAGUAUAAUCAAGUGAACAUCAGCAUCGAUUUGGGACAGGAGUUUCAUGUGGCAUAUGUGUGGAUCCAAAUGGCAAAUAGCCCUCGACCAGGAUCGUGGGUGUUAGAACGAUCUGCUGAUGGAGGAAAGAGCUAUAUUCCGUGGCAGUACUUUGCUGAAACACCAGCAGAAUGCGAUCGGUUAUUUGGACGUCAUACACUUCAGCCAAUAUUGGAAGACGACACUGUCAUAUGCACGCAUGAAUUUUCCGGUAUACACCCUAUGGAAAACGCUGAGGUUAAAAUCUUUUUCCACGACAAUCCAAAGUUCCAAUGCUCACAUUUAUAUUUUUUUUUUUUGACAUUGGGUACUAACGGAAGUGAUGGUGAUUGGACAUUGUGGACUUGA